UGUUUGCAGCAAGUCAGUAUUCAUGAGCUUCACUUUAGCGCGUUAUUUGCUCCAUUUUGGGGACUCCUUAAAAGCUGCAGCUAUCCGAGGAAGGAACUAUAAUGGGUUUCUUCUGUUAACCCCCAACGAAAGAAAAUUCACGACGAAUGCGGUCCCGGUAGCUCAAAAGCGGAAGUCGAAUGAGGAGCUGUUGGUGGUAGUUGGCGGAGGAGCAGCAGGGGUUUAUGGAGCAAUCAGAGCAAAGACUGUUGCGCCUAACCUUAAUGUGCUGGUGAUUGAGAAAGGAAAGCCUCUUUCAAAGGUUAGGAUUUCUGGGGGAGGAAGAUGCAAUGUGACAAAUGGGCAUUGUCCUGACAAUAUGGUUUUGGCAGAACAUUAUCCUAGGGGCAACAAAGAAUUGAGAGGAGCUUUCUUUAAUAUGCAUGGUCCAGUGGAUACAAUGUCCUGGUUUGCUGAUCAUGGAGUGCAGCUGAAGACCGAGGAUGAUGGAAGAGUAUUUCCUGUUAGCAACAGUUCUGCCUCAGUUGUUGAUUGUCUUUUAUCUCAAGCGAGUUACAGGGCAGUUUCUCUGCAGACUGGAAAAGUUGUUACAAGUGCAUCUGCUAGUGCUGUUGGAAAAUUCAUUCUCAAGGUUGAGAAGCGUACGCUUAACUUUGUGGAAUAUGUUGAAGCUGACUAUCUGUUGAUUGCUAGUGGGAGUAGCAAGCAGGGUUAUAAUCUUGCAGUUCAGCUUGGUCAUUCAAUUGUAGACCCAGUACCAAGCUUAUUCACCUUAAAGAUUGAGGAUUCUCAAAUAACUGAGUUGGCAGGGGUUACAUUUCCCAAAGUUAUUACAAAGUUGAAACUAGAGCAUGUGGAAAGGAAUAGGUUGCACCUAACACAGGUUGGGCCUAUGUUAGUGACACACUGGGGAUUCAGUGGACCAGUAAUUCUUCGGCUAUCUGCUUGGGGGGCUCGUGAAUUGUUUAGUUCUGGUUAUAAAGGAAAACUGGUUGUGGAUUUUGUGCCUGAUUUGCAUAUAGAGGACAUGAAGUUGAUCCUGAGUAGACAUAAAGAAAGAUUUGUGAAGCAAAAAGUGCUCAAUUCAUGUCCUACAGAGUUCGGGCUUGUGAAAAGAUUUUGGAAAUAUAUAUUGGAUCGUGAGGGUUUACUUGGAAACACCUUAUGGGCUUCUGUUUCAAAUAAUUCCUUAUUUUCUAUAGCUCAUCUUUUAAAGCAUUGUACAUUUGGAGUAACUGGGAAGGGCCAAUUUAAGGAUGAAUUUGUCACUGCUGGGGGGGUUCCACUGUCUGAGAUUUAUCUGAAUACAAUGGAAAGCAGAAAAUGCCCACAUCUAUUCUUUGCAGGAGAGGUAUUGAACGUUGAUGGGGUGACUGGUGGUUUCAAUUUCCAGAAUGCUUGGUCUGGUGGAUUCAUUGCUGGAACUAGUAUUGGUAGACUGGCAGUUGAUGCUACCUUAAAGGAGGGAGUUGCAUGAGUCAUACAAAAGCAAAUCUGAAAAUUUAGGUAUGACUGAUACCCUGCUUAACAUCAAUUGUAUGCAUGCACUGGAUUUUGGAAGAAUGUCAGUGCCAGCCUCUAUGCAUGUAGGAAAACCACCUUGAAUAGUUGGGUUUGCAUGCACCUCCACUCCCAAUUAUACGUGUCCCUUCCCCUCAUGAAUGAAUCCCCAUUUAGGAGCUCAGUGUGUUAUUAUUAGAACAAAUUGCUUCAAUCCUAAAAUUUUUCCAUAACCUCAUUGAUCUGUAAAUUGAACGUUUUAUCUUUUUCCCUCAUUCUUUUUACCAGGUUUAUAUACUAUUUAAAGUUUGCAUGACUAUUUAAGCUCAGUGAAAAUAUACUUGGGGUUGUUUU